CAUCGGGCGAGCGGAGAGAAAAAAAAGCAAAGAAACCAUCCAAGCGGUGUCCAGUUGUCAAUUUCUACUCCGUUUUUUUCAUUCUGGUGAAAAAUCCACGACUGACGAUCCCGAAAAAAUCCAUCGUUCGACUGAAAAAUGGCAGAUGCUGAGCUUGGAAAAGCACUGAAGGACCUGCCGAAUCGGGUGCUGAACGUGAGCGUCGAGGAACGCCCGGAAUUGUUCCGCAAUGUGAUCGAUGUGCUGCCAAAUCCGGGAAUCAACGCGACUAUCGUGCGUGGAAUCUGCAAGGUGAUCGGAACCACCUUAACCAAGUACAAGGACCCGACCUCCCAGGGUCUGGUUCGGGAACUGCUAGUUGCCCUACUGAAAGAGCAUCCUGACCUGGCAUACGAACACUUCAACAAUGUGCUGAAGGCGUUGGUCACAAAAGAUCUGGCGGCUGCUCCUCCUCUAAAAGGAGCUCAGGCAGCCGUGUUGGCACUGGGAUGGGCGAACCUGGUGGCACUGCAUGCCAAUCACGAAUCCGACGUGGGAAAAAAGGAGUUCCCGAAGUUGAUCGAGAUCCAGGCUGGGUUGUACCAGCUGUCGUUGACGUCCGGUGUUCAGAAAGUUUCCGACAAGGCGUACAGCUUCUUGAAGGAAUUCUUCGCCAAGAAGGAAGAUUUGGAGAAGGUCUAUUUCAGCAAGCUGUUGGCAAUGGAACCUUCCAGCGCGGUCAUUCUGUUCAUGUCGGCCAUUCUAAACUACAGUAAGGAAGAAUUCGAGGAUAUCUCCUUACUCGAGCAGAACAAAACCAAACUGCUGGAUCACGUCGUAAAAGGAUUGAUAAUCGUCAAAACGAAGCCCCAUGCCAGCGAUGUCGUGGGUUGUUCCAUCGUACUCAGUGCCAUCACAAAAGAUGAAUUUAAAGCCACCAUCUUGCCGGCCUUGCAGCGAUCCAUGCUUCGAUCGCCGGAAGUGAUCCUCCGAGCGGUGGGCGCGAUGGUAAGCGAGAUCCCCGUGGAUGUCAGCGACUUUGCAAUGGAUUUGGGGAAAACGUUGGUGCAAAAUCUGGCAUCGAAGGAUGAAACCGUGCGACAGGAAGCCGUUGAGUCGUUGAAGCAGGUGGCCAUGAAGUGCAGUGCACCGAAGGCCGUCGAAGCACUGCUAAAGGAGGUGUUUGCCGUAUUCAACGGAUCCGGCGGGAAGAUCACCGUUGUGGAGCUGAGGAUCAAUUUACUGCAGGGUGCAGGUAACCUCAGCUAUAACCAAAUCAAGUCAGACGACAUCCCAGCUCUGAUGCCCACGGUGAUGGAUCUCUUCAUCAAAGCGCUCGAGACCGAAACGCAAGAAAAGGUGCUCUGCCACGCGUUGGAGAUGUUUGGCCUGUGGUCGGUGAAUGUCCACGGGGAAAUCCCCACCAAGAUCGUACAAACCUUCAAGAAGGGACUGGAAGCAAAAGCGCAGGUGCUGAGGACCAGUUAUCUGCAAUGGUUCUUAGCUUGUCUGCAGAAUGGGAAGCUACCUUCCGGAAGUGAUUUCACCGCUCCUUUGUCGAAGAUCGUCGAGAAAGCAGCGCAAAAUCCGACUCAGACGCCGGCCGUUUCCGAAGGGGUUGGGGCGGCCUGUAUUGUCCUGCUGACCAAUCCCAAGGUCAGUGAUCAGCUCAAGGACUUUUGGAACGUGGUUCUGGACAUGAACAAGAAGGUCUUCUUGGGAGAGAAGUUCCUCUCGGCCACUGCUCCGGAAACUCUCUGCUAUGUGAUGCAGUUUUGCGAGCGGAUCUUGCUGAACCACUUGGAGGAUUUGAAGGGGUCUCCGGAACCGCUGUUCAAAACAGUUGUUCUCUGUGUCAAUUCGCCUCAUAAAAAGGUUCGCAAGUAUUGCUUGCCGCUGCUGAGGAAAAUCGUGAACAGUCCCAAUGGUAUUGGUUUAGCAAAGAGUUUGCUGCUGGAGCUGACGAGCUUUGUGGAGAAUACUAAGAUCCUGAAUGAAGGUGAACAGGAAGAGGGUGUUGUUCCGGCGCAGGCCAUCGUCGACACUGUCAUGGCCGUUACUGACAUCGAAUCCAUUCAGAUAUCCGACGCCCAAACGAUUGCCGUUAGCUCGCUUUUGCCGGCACAUCAUCCGGCAGCCGCUUCGGUCCAAUCGGACCUCUGGGAAUCGAUUCUGAAGCGGUUCGAGCUGGACGGAAAGUAUUUCAUCUCGAUGAACACCGCCCACAUCCAGGAGGUGUUCUUCAACGGGUACAAAGCAACGCCAAUGUACGAAAAUACACUGGCAACACUGUCGCGAAUUAGUCCGGAAGUGAUCCUACCGGUGCUGGUCCGGAACGUGACCGAUCAGUUGAACAACUCACGAAUGUCCAACGUGACGGACGAGGAGUACUUCACCUACCUGACACCGGAUGGCGAGCUGUACGACAAGAGUGUGAUUCCCAAUUCGGAGGAGCAGACCAGCACGGCUCAUUUGAAGCGCGAGAACAAGGCUUACAGCUACAAGGAACAGCUGGAAGAGCUGACCCUUCGCCGAGAAAUCGAGGAAAAACGUCGCAAGGAAGGCAAAUCAAAGCCACCCCAGUUGACCCCGAAGCAAAAAGAAGCCAUCGAAAAGCAAACCGAGAAGGAAAAAGCCAUCAAAACUCGCCUCCGCGAGUUGAACAGUAUUAUCACAACGUUGAUCUCGCAAAUCGAGGGGGCCGCCAAGGGAACUCCCCGGGAGUUGUCCCUAUUCUUCCCCACACUGUUGCCGGCAAUUCUGCGGGUGUUCUCAUCGCCGCUGGCCGCUCCAUCAAUGGUCAAGCUAUACCUGCGCCUGCGGGAGACCUGCUUCUCCGGGGAGCUGGUUGAAACGGGUCGGGAUGUGGCCAUUGCGACGAUUCGCCUGAGCAAACCACACUGCGAUCUGGAGGAGAGCUGGUGUACGGAAAAUCUGCUGGAGCUGGUCAGCGAUAUUCUGGUGUCGCUGUACGACGAAACGAUCGAUAAGUAUAAUGUGCAUAUCGAGGAGGAUGGGGCCAAGAGCUACCUGCUGAAUGCUCCGUCCUUCAGCUAUACGUUCGAGUUUUUGAAACGUGCGAUGGUGCUUCCGGAUGCGGCCAAGGACGAGAGUUUGCUGAUCAACGGAAUUCAGAUCAUCGCUUACCAUGCACAGAUCAAGGGCGACACGGUUGAUGGGCAGGACUUUGAGGAUCUGUACCAUCCGAAGUAUAUGCCAAGGUUGGAGAUGAUCAAACUGCUGCUGAGUUUGAUCCAGCAGCAUCGGGGAAGGGUGCAAACCCAGUCGGUUGCCGCUCUGCUGGAUGUGGCGGAGAGUAGUUCCGGAAAGGAGUACACGGCGAAGGCGGAUACCCGGGAGGUGGAAUGCUUGCUGGUGGCGCUGCAAGAUGAGCUGGAUGCCGUGCGGGACGUGGCACUGCGAGCGUUAGCCAUCAUGAUUAAGGUGCUGCCAUCUAUUAGUGACGAUUACGAACUGGGAUUGAGACUCACCAGGAGACUGUGGGUUGCGAAACAUGAUGUUUGUGAGGAUACAAAACAGCUGGCGGAGAACGUCUGGGUCCAGGGAAGUUUCGAAGUUCCAAUCGUCAUGGCUGAUGAGUUAUUGAAAGACAUUAUCCAUCCGGAGCCUUGUAUUCAGAAGGCCGCAUCUUUCGCGCUGGUCUCGAUCCUAGCGGAGGAUUCUUCCAUCAUCGAUAGCAUUCUGGAGCAAUUGCUGGAGAUUUACCAGGACAAACUGACUAUGAUUCCAGCGAAGCUCGAUCAAUUCGAUCGCGAGAUUGAGCCGGCCAUUGACCCAUGGGGUCCCCGUCGGGGAGUGGCCAUUGCCCUAAGCCACGUUGCGCCAUUCCUCACGGAGGAGCUGGUCAACAGUUUGACCCAGUUCAUGGUGUCCACCGGACUCCGAGAUCGUGAAGAAAUCGUCCAUAAAGAAAUGCUAGCUGCCUCGCUGGCCAUCGUCGAACAUCACGGAAAGGAAAGCGUCUCCUAUUUGCUGCCAACGUUCGAGAAGUUCCUGGAUGAAGCCCCGAACAACAGCGACUACGACAACAUCCGCCAAGCCGUGGUCAUUCUGAUGGGUUCCCUGGCGCGCCAUUUGGACCGGGACGACGAACGUAUCCAGCCAAUUGUGAAUCGUCUCCUAGCGGCACUGUCCACGCCCUCGCAGCAAGUUCAGGAAUCGGUUGCCAACUGCAUCCCGCACCUGAUUCCUUCCGUCAAAGAGCAAGCACCUCAAAUGGUCAAGAAAAUGAUGCAGCAAUUGGUCAAGUCGGAAAAGUACGGAGUUCGGCGAGGAGCCGCCUACGGCAUUGCUGGAAUCGUCAAGGGCUUGGGCAUCUUAUCGCUCAAACAGCUGGACAUCAUGACCAAACUGACCAACUACAUCCAGGACAAAAAGAACUUCAAAUCCCGCGAGGGAGCGCUGUUCGCCUUCGAGAUGCUGUGCUCUACCCUGGGUCGUCUCUUCGAGCCUUAUAUCGUUCACGUUCUGCCACAUCUUCUGCAGUGCUUCGGAGAUUCGUCGUCAUACGUCCGGGAGGCCGCCGACGAAUGCGCCAAGACCGUGAUGGCCAAGCUCUCCGCUCACGGAGUCAAACUGAUUCUCCCAUCCCUGUUGAACGCGCUGGACGAGGAUUCCUGGCGAACAAAGACCGCUUCGGUAGAACUCCUGGGAGCGAUGGCCUUCUGCGCCCCGAAACAGCUGUCAUCCUGUCUACCCAGUAUCGUGCCCAAGUUGAUGGAAGUUCUGGGAGAUUCCCACAUCAAAGUUCAGGAGGCGGGAGCUACCGCUCUGAAAAUGAUCGGCUCCGUCAUCAAAAAUCCAGAAAUUCAGGCCAUUGUACCAGUCCUUCUGAGAGCUUUGGAAAAUCCCUCUUCGAAGACCUCCGCUUGCCUGCAGAGCCUGCUUGAGACCAAAUUCGUACAUUUCAUCGACGCACCCUCCCUAGCUCUGAUCAUGCCCGUUGUCCAGCGAGCUUUCAUGGACCGCUCCACCGAAACUCGAAAGAUGGCAGCCCAGAUCAUCGGAAACAUGUACUCGCUGACCGACCAGAAGGAUCUCACCCCGUACCUCCCGAACAUUAUCCCAGGACUAAAAACCUCGCUUCUGGACCCGGUGCCAGAAGUCCGUGCCGUAUCUGCCCGAGCCCUGGGUGCCAUGGUGCGAGGAAUGGGCGAAUCGUCCUUCGAAGAUCUGCUGCCAUGGCUGAUGCAAACCCUUACUUCCGAAAGCAGCAGCGUAGAUCGUUCCGGAGCUGCCCAAGGCCUGUCCGAGGUCGUCGGAGGCCUGGGAGUCGAAAAGCUGCACAAACUCAUGCCGGAAAUCAUCGCUACGGCGGAACGAACCGACAUCGCGCCGCAUGUCAAGGACGGCUACAUCAUGAUGUUCAUCUACAUGCCGAGUGCGUUCCCGAACGACUUCACGCCCUACAUCGGGCUGAUCAUCAAUCCGAUCCUGAAGGCGUUGGCCGACGAGAAUGAAUACGUGAGGGACACUGCGCUGAAAGCCGGUCAGAGGAUUGUAAACUUGUAUGCCGAGUCAGCGAUUGCUCUGCUGCUGCCGGAACUGGAGAAGGGACUGUUCGACGACAAUUGGAGAAUCCGGUACAGCUCGGUUCAGCUGCUGGGAGAUCUGCUGUACAAGAUCUCCGGAGUUUCCGGAAAGAUGACCACCCAGACGGCUUCCGAGGACGAUAACUUCGGAACGGAACAAAGCCACAAGGCCAUUAUUAGAAGUUUGGGUGCUGAGCGGAGAAAUCGUGUGUUGGCCGGGUUGUACAUGGGACGCAGCGAUGUUUCUCUCAUGGUCCGCCAGGCGGCGUUGCACGUAUGGAAGGUCGUUGUCACCAAUACGCCGCGUACUCUUCGUGAAAUCUUGCCGACAUUGUUCAGUUUGCUGCUGGGAUGCUUGGCUAGUACUAGCUACGAUAAACGUCAAGUUGCUGCUAGAACCCUUGGAGAUUUGGUCAGAAAAUUGGGAGAACGUGUUCUUCCGGAGAUCAUUCCGAUUCUGGAGCGAGGUCUCAGUUCCGAUCAAGCCGACCAGCGACAGGGAGUCUGUAUUGGACUUUCGGAAAUUAUGGCCUCCACUUCAAGAGACAUGGUUCUAACCUUCGUUAACAGUUUGGUUCCAACGGUGCGCAAGGCUUUGGCUGAUCCCCUGCCGGAAGUCCGUCAAGCUGCGGCCAAGACAUUCGACUCGCUUCACACCACGGUGGGAACUCGAGCUCUCGACGACAUUCUGCCAUCUAUGUUGGAAAGUCUCUCCGACCCCGAUCCAGAUGUUGCUGAAUGGACUUUGGAUGGUCUACGCCAGGUUAUGGCAAUCAAGUCACGAGUUGUCCUGCCGUACCUCAUCCCGCAACUCACGGCCAACCCGGUGAACACGAAAGCACUGUCCAUUCUAGCAUCCGUUGCUGGUGAAGCUCUCACAAAGUAUCUCCCAAAGAUCCUACCCGCCCUCUUGUCUGCUCUGGCCGCAGCCCAAGGUACACCGGAAGAAGCUCAAGAGCUGGAAUACUGCCAGGCUGUCAUCCUGUCCGUCAGCGACGAAGUCGGCAUCCGGACCAUUAUGGACACGGUUAUGGAAUCCACAAAAUCUGACAUCCCGGAGACUCGCAAAGCCGCCGCCACCCUCCUGUGCGCCUUCUGCACCCAUUCGCCUGGAGAUUACUCUCAGUACGUGCCACAAUUGCUACGCGGUCUUUUGCGACUUCUCGCCGACGGCGAUCGAGAUGUCCUGCAACGCUCCUGGGAUGCCCUUAAUGCGGUCACCAAAACCCUGGACUCGGCUCAGCAAAUUGCUCACGUAACGGACGUACGCCAGGCGGUCAAAUUCGCCAGCAGUGACCUCAAGGGCGCCGAACUCCCCGGAUUCUGCUUACCCAAGGGUAUUACGCCUCUGCUUCCGGUGUUCCGCGAAGCUAUCCUCAACGGUCUACCGGAGGAAAAGGAAAACGCUGCUCAAGGCUUGGGAGAGGUGAUACAGCUUACUUCGGCGUCAUCGCUACAACCCUCCGUGGUUCACAUUACCGGUCCACUGAUUCGUAUUCUUGGUGAUCGGUUCAACGCUGGAGUCAAGGCCGCUGUUCUGGAAACUUUGGCCAUCCUACUACACAAGGUCGGAAUCAUGCUGAAACAGUUCUUGCCUCAAUUGCAAACCACAUUCCUCAAGGCGCUGCACGAUCCCAGUAGGAUUGUGCGUAUCAAAGCCGGUCACGCCCUAGCGGAACUGAUCGUCAUCCACACGCGUCCCGAUCCGCUGUUCGUGGAAAUGCAGAACGGCAUCAAGAACACCGAUGACUCAACCAUCCGAGAAACGAUGUUGCAGGCCCUGCGAGGAAUUCUGACCCCAGCCGGUGACAAGAUGACCGAUCCACUGAGGAAACAAAUCUACGCCACACUCACCGGAAUGCUCGGCCAUCCGGAAGAUGUCACCCGGGCAGCUGCAGCCGGUUGUCUCGGCGCCCUCUGCCGAUGGUUGAACCCCGAUCAGCUUGACGAUGCCCUCUGCUCUCAUCUGCUCAACGAAGACUACGGUGAUGAUGCGGCCCUCCGACAUGGACGAACGGCAGCUCUCUUCGUCGCUCUCAAAGAAUAUCCCUCCGCCGUCUUCACCGAGAAAUACGAAGCCAAGAUUUGCAAAACCAUUGCUGCAUCGCUAAUAUCGGACAAAAUCCCCGUGGCGUUGAACGGCGUUCGAGCAGCCGGAUACCUCCUGCAGUACGGCAUGUGCUCGGACGAAGUGAAACUCCCGCAACAGAUCAUCGGGCCCUUCGUCAAAUCCAUGAACCACACCAGCAACGAAGUCAAGCAGCUCCUCGCCAAGACCUGUCUCUACCUGGCCAAAACGGUUCCCGCGAGCAGGACAGCCCCCGAAUAUCUCCGACUCGUCAUCCCGAUGCUUGUCAACGGUACCAAGGAGAAGAACGGUUACGUCAAGUCCAACUCGGAAAUAGCCCUAGUCUACGUCCUGCGGUUACGGGAAGGCGACGAAGUCCACCAGAAGUGUAUCGCCCUGCUGGAACCGGGAGCGCGGGAUUCGCUGAGCGAGGUGGUCAGCAAGGUGCUACGCAAGGUCGCCCUCCAGCCCGUUGGCAAAGAAGAGGAACUGGACGAUACGAUUCUCACGUGAUUGCUGCAUAGUCAUAGGAAACAGUAUAGAAGGCAUGGCUGGGAUCCAAUGGCCACCCUUUCAAGACUUCCGGCAGCAGCGGUGGGAUACAAAGUUUCGCUCACGAUUACCAUCCGGCAGCGGUUGCAAAGUUACAAUUGGCUCAUGUGGAUCGAAAAUAAAGAAGAAAUUAGAUGUGGAAUAAACGCUCGAAGUUGUGACCGAUGGAUGGACUGUAAAAGAAAGUCUUGAUUAGUGUUGAAUCUGUGCUCUAACCAUAAUCAAUAUCGUUCGUAUCGUGAUAGUCGUCGGGGAGAGGAAUCUUGCUACCACCUAUUUUCAGUACUACUACUACUUAAUCUACUACAACUAUCAAUAUUACAGGACAUUCGGUGUAAGUGUAGAAUUUUUACUCUAGGUCGUACUAUUUCCAUUGAUUACCAUUACCAACAUUACGUGAAAGUCUGUGCAGUUGCUAUAAAGCUAGAUAAAAAUACA